CUGAGAUUUGUAUUUUGAGAUGUAUCGUCUGUGGCAGAUAUUCGCGUGCUUUUAUUUGCCGUUUUUGGCAAAUGGCGUUGAGGGUAAGGGAAGAGUUGGACCAAAGGUAACGGAGAAGGUGUUUUUUGAUAUUGCAGUGGGAGGACAGGAGGUUGGCAGGAUAGUGAUUGGUCUCUUCGGGGAAGUUGUUCCCUUAACUGUGGCCAACUUUGUUGCUCUUGCCACAGGGGAGAAAGGAUAUGGCUACAAGGGAAGUAAGUUCCAUCGUGUCAUUAAGGACUUCAUGAUCCAAGGGGGUGACUUCACUGCUGGAGAUGGUACCGGAGGUAAAAGUAUCUAUGGAGUCACAUUUGCUGAUGAGAACUUCAAACUGAAGCACCUGGGAACUGGUUGGGUCAGCAUGGCUAAUGCAGGCCCUGAUACCAAUGGUUCUCAGUUCUUCAUUACCACAGCAAGGGCACCAUGGCUGGAUGGGAAACAUGUGGUCUUUGGCAAAGUCUUGGAUGGCAUGGCUGUGGUUCACACCAUUGAGCUCCAAGACACAAAUGACAGGAAUUUACCCUAUACUGAGUGUGUGAUUGUGAACAGCGGUAAGAUUGAAGUCAAAGAGCCUUUCAUUGUGGAAGUGGAGGGUUGGUAGCACUAUGGAUUGAUCUGAAUUUACGUUAAUUGUCGUAUACAAUACCAUAAUAUUUUAUCAGGUAAAGAGUUUGUUAUCUUCCUUGAGCAACACCUUGUAUGGUAAAAUAUCUCAUUGUUUUGUAGUUAUUUUAGCUGGUUUUGUCAUAAUAGCAGUAGUAGAGCAAUUAAUAUUUGAAGCACUUGUAACAUUAGGGGGUUGAACUACCAUUGCUUUUUAUUUUACUGUUUGCUUUGGCCUCCA